AUGGCAUCCCCCUUCAAAAACAUCCUCCUCAUCGGAGCCACAGGCUCUAUCGGUAGCCACGUCUUCAAAGCACUAUCUGACUCUCCCCAUUUCACCGUCACACUCCUCCAACGAGCAUCCUCCAAAGCAACCCUCCCUUCCCAUCUUCGAGUUAUCACAAUCGCGGACUCGUACCCAACAGACGAACUCACACAAGCUUUCAAAGGACAAGAUGUCAUUGUAAACUGCAUGACCUCCCUCUCAGUCUCCGAUCAAUUCCGCAUGAUCGAUGCGGCCAUCGCUGCGGGCGUCAAACGCUAUGUGCCUAGCGAGUACGGCCUCAACAACAUGCGACCGGAUGCGCAAGCAUUGAACAGAGUGUUUCAUGACAAGGGGAAGGUCCAGGAGUACCUUCGCGCAAAGGCGGCAGACGGCGCGAUUGAGUGGAUGAGCGUGUCAUGUGGCAUGUGGGUUAAGUGGAGCAUGGAGCACGAGUUUCUUGGGAUGCACGUGCGGGAGAAGAGAUUUGUGUUUUGGGAUGAUGGGGAGGGUUUGUUUUCCUGCACGACGGAGGAGAAUACCGCGGUGGGACUAGUACGGGCGCUGGAGAUGAGGGAAAGCACGAAGAAUACAAACGUGUAUUUGAGCGACUUUGCGAUUUCGCAGAGGCAGUUGUUGGAAGCGAUUGAACGGAUCCAAGGGGCCAAGUAUGAGACUGAGUAUCUGUCAAGUUACGACUUGAUCAAGGAGAAGCAAGAGGCUGUUCGCAAUGGAGAUAAUCUGGCAACGUUUGACCUCAUUGAGACUGGGUUUGUGACGGGAAGGUUUGGAGGCCAUUUGGAGAAGGAAGGCGAGCUGUUCAACAGUCAAUUAGGUCUUCCGAAAAAGACGGUAGAUGAGGUGGUAGAAGCAGCACUUCGAUAUAUCAACCACGUUCUCGGAUCGAAGAUCUGGUGCCAAAAGCCUCUCACCAUCAAUCUCUCUCUCCAACAAUCGCUAUACCAGCAAUCCACACACAAGCUCUACCACCUUAACCACCACUCUCAACCCAACAACCUCGACAAAAUGAUCACCACACUCAUCACCGUCCUCCUCUCUCUCCUCGUCCUCCCAACCUUCACCCUCGCCCUCCCAGCUCCCACCGCCACCCUCGCCAACGACAACCACCCCCGCGGCUGGCCAACCGUCGGCGCCUGCCCCCCGGGCCAGAACCUCAUCGUUAACGCCUGGCCGCCCGUGUGCAUGGCUCCGUCGGGAAGACCUACUAGGUCCGGCGCCGUCGCUGCUGCUGUUGAGACUGGACUGGGGGCCACUUUCGACGCCAAUGUAGAGGUGUGAAGGAGAUGGUGCUUCGGACCGACGACUUCUUCACAUGGGUGGGGAAUUUGGGGGACGGAAUGGAGAGGUUCAAAAGUGAUGAGGAUGGUGUGGACAUGGGGUUUAGGAAAGUAGUAGGAUAACUGAUCUGAAAUUCAAAAGUUCG